AACAUUUUCCCUUCUUAACCCACAUAUCUCGGCAUGAAUUGGUAGCAUAUUACGGGAAUAGAGUAGCACAGUUUAUAUGAUUUCAAAAUGGCAGAAAAAGAAAGUCAUGAAGCUUCGUUGGAAACAAAUAAAGAUGCGAAGCAAGAAAAAAUUCUUAUUAAAGGACGCGUCUACAAAGGAAUACCAAUGGUCAAUAAUGAGGCAGAGCUUAUUGGUACCAUGGAUAUCAGGCCCAACGAUAUUUGGGUCUGCAGUUUCCCAAGAUCAGGUACGACCCUGACCCAGGAGCUGACGUACCUGAUAAGAACGCUCGAUUUUAAGAAAGCACUAUCGACACAGCUAGAUGAGCGUUUUCCUAUGAUCGACAUCAAAGACGACAGAUUUCCGUAUUAUAAAGGUAUAAAGUAUGUCGAGGAAAUGUCAUCUCCCCGCUUCAUCAAAUGCCAUCUGCCCUUUUUCCUGUUGCCUCAACAGUUGCAAGAGGGCAAGGGAAAGAUAAUCUACAUUGCCCGGAACCCUAAGGAUGUUGUAACAUCAUUUUACCGCUUUAUGCUGUGGGGAGACGGUCUGGACGAUAUCGAAAACCGUUUUGACAAAUUCGUGCAAAUGUUUGUGAAAGGAGAGGUUUACUAUGGAUACUGGCCUAAACACGUGCUCGGCUUCUGGGAAAAACGGUCAUCUUCUGCCAACAUGCUGUUUUUAAAAUACGAGGAUUUAAUUAAAGAUACGAAAAAUGGGUGUCGUCAGAUAGCCGAGUUUCUUGGCCGCGAAUUGUCUGACGAUGAGGUAGACCGGAUAUGCAACCAUUGCCACGUGGAUAGCAUGCGCAGUAAUGACAUGGUGAACCUUUCCUAUUGGAGGAAUAUUAUCAAACCAAUCGACAAUGCAGGAGGGGGAUUCAUGAACAAAGGUAAAGCCGGUGCAUGGAAGGAUCUGCUCGCACCGGCAGUGGUAGAACGCCUUGACAGCAUGAUAAAGGAACUCGAGGGCUCUGGACUGGACAUCAAGGAUGAAUAAAACUUUAAUACAAAUGUGUCAUGUAUCAUUGUAUCAUUUUAUCAGAAUACCUGUUUUAAUGUAGACAAUGUCAUCAGGUCAUAGUGGUAUCAAGUGUAGACAAUGGCUUCAAGUUAUAGUGGUAUCUAAUAUUUGUGACGUAGCAGUACCAAAACAUGCGACAGAAGCAUGACAAACGCUUUUGGUUGUUUCACUGAUGUUUUUUACAUACGAGUCAUGCAAUGAAACAUUUUUGAACUUUGGAACCAAAACCAGAGAACAUUUAAAAAAAAGGAGCCGAUUUUCUCUUAUAUUUUAUAACCUGCAUUCUAAAUUAGGGCAAUAAUACCUAAACAGAAAAAAGAGCACGUGCUUCCCCAGGUCUCAUCUUUCAACGUGAUUGAUUCAAAGUGCAAUAAUUACUUUAUGAUUACAAUUGCAAACAACAACAUAUAUCAUUAAAUCCUACUUUCAGUGGUAUAUUGGUCCGGCUACUCUAAACAGGACAAGCUCCAUCUGUUGGCAAGUCCAAAUGUUUCAGUAAUCACAGACAACCUGGACAACUUGACUCUCCGCGAACUGCCUGUUUGCUCGCCGUACAGCGCGGCAUAGCUUCUCAGGUUCUGUGUCCGUGUACCUGCCUGCUGCUUUGCUUGCCUUAGCCUCCUCCGAGAGAGGCCUGGCCGAACUUCAAGUAUAGGGCAAGUGGUUUGAGACAGAAGAUUUUCAAAGUUUUAAAGGGACUGUACACCAGAUUGGCACCAAAAAAAGUUUUUUUUCUGUAACGAAUCUCAGGACAAUUAUCUAAUAGAAUGUGUGCGCUUAGAUAUCAUAAUUGUAUAAAAGUACCCAAAUUGUAAAAAAAAAAUGUGUCGGAGACCGGGAUCGAACCCGUGUCGCCAAAAUUGCAGUCCAGCGUCGUAUCCACUGAGGUACGACGGCUUACUCUUACUUGUGACAUAAUUAAGCUAUACACCAACCUCGGUAAUAUCAAGUGA